AUAAUUUGCACUGUGAAUGAUGGAGGUUUUGCUGGCUACUUCUUCUGGCGUUUAAGGAUGCCAGUAGUUGCCUUUUCCAAUCGUAUUUUGUAUUACGAGUUGCGAGGAUGAUGCUAGAGAAGAAGAUUAUAAGCCUGCUUCACCGGCUGUUGAAGCCGUUCAUUGAGGGCAUUGACGAGAAUACACUCCACUUGCGCAAUUUGUUGAGCGGCAACGUUGUACUCACCGGGCUGCGUCUGAAGCCCAGCAUUGUGCACUCGUUGGGCCUGCCUUAUCACCUGACUUUCGGUCUGAUUGAUGAGGUCAAGCUGACAGUGCGCCUGCCAUUACUGAGCUUGUCAAAGAGCAAGCUGGUAUUGGAGAUCAACAAUGUGGUACUGCUCUUAACCAGCCUCCCCGAGACACAAUGGGACUCCGCGUCAUUCCGCGAGGAGCACAUGGCACACAAGGUUACCACGCUGGCCGCUGAGAGUUUACACCAGGUUGUGACGGAGAUUGAGGGCGGCGGGUUUCUCUGGCGCACAGUACUUUAUUUACUGGAUAACCUAGAGGUGCGGAUCGCCAACAUCCACCUGCGCAUUGAGGACUACAUUACCAACCCGAGGCUAUCGUAUGCCUUUGGGUGUAUGGUCAAGUCUGCUGUGGUACUGUCCGGCAUGGAUCCGUCAACGCAAUCCCGCGGUGACGCUGCUUGUGAUACGCCAUUCCACCGCUCGUUCUAUACCGAGAGCGGUGCUAUAAACAACGGUGUAAUCCACCGCCGCAUAGAGGUACAUGGCGUUGGUGCUUAUAUCGACCGACUAGACCCACUUCGACCUGGUAAUACAGUUUGCGGUAGCGGUGUGGAUCCCGCUGGUGACGCAACGCCAAGUGCUAAUGAAGUUGACGAGUGUCUUUUUAUGGAUGCUCGCAGCCGUGGUAGCGGCGCCAGCUAUAGCUACGGCCUGGAUAACAACCACCGUUGCGUCCACUUUGUGCGUGUAGCACGCAGGCACAGGUUACGUUAUUGCGCUGCCCCGAAGUCAAAGUCCAGUCGCAAGGAGUUCCGUAUAAAAUGCUGCCGCCCGGGUGAUAUAUCACGUAACCGGCUUCGGUUUGUAAGGUAUUCCUAUGACCCGGCAGCUCAUGGUGACUUGGGGCUGUCAACGUUGGCCAACGCGCUGGCGUGCACCAACGCCAUGUUUGGCGGAGUUAUAUCGCGCGUGAUGAACUACUUGAGUUCGGGUGACCACAAUGCUGGGUGUGAUGGUAGUACCAGGACUGGUUGGCACAACACAGUUAGUGCCCCAAUUCGCGUUUCAAGGCGUCAUCGGUGCUCCACGGGUGGUAUUCUCACCCCGGGGCACCGGUAUGGGCUGUGGUCUGAAGGACGUGGGUUCAUCCGUCGCGAUCGUGGCGGCCAUCGUUUCUUGUUACCGGAUUAUAAAGCGUGUCUAACAUCAAGGUCACAUCCGCUUAACCCUGUUGGUCUCUCUACUGGCGCCACUUGCGUGCACUGCCGUGGCAGCCCCUGUUGUUGUGGCGUUUCGCUGUCAUCGGAUAACGCUUCUGUGUGCUCAUCUCAUGGAGCACCUGAUGCGAAUGUGCUAGGCGGCUCUGUUGGCUAUAGCCUGUCUCCAGGCUCCACCUGGCGCAUCCUCUUGAGCACGUUUUGCGAUAUCCAACAACCCGAGGAGCAACACCACUUUGAGUGUUCCGAGAUGAUCCACAACGCGCAACUGCGUUACGCAACACGGCACCGUGUACACAGGUGCUCCACUGGCGACAAUACAUCGUGUUCCCAAGUGUCAGUCAAGCUACCAACAGACUCCAGCCACAGCUCUGACGAGCCGCGCAUUGAAGGAUUGGAUUCUUCAGGACCCGGGGAUUCAGCAAGUUGCUUCGGGAUAUGCGGUAACCGGGACUGUGUUUUCUCGGAACCUGAUUCCGAUAUCUUCGACGAGGAUGAGUACCGUGCUGACCAUGGCGCUCCGCUGUCGUAUGACGAGACUUGGCAUGUACGUGGGUUCCGUGAUACACCCGAUUUAGUAACCACAUAUGAUACCGCCCCUGAUAAAGCGACCACUGCCAAACGCGAGCGUGUUGAUAUGAGUAAUAUUCGCAACCUGCGCACCGUGGGCGACUCCUGGACGCGGUUAUCGUUCGUAAUGAAUCGUAAUGAGGACCCUGCAAUGAAGGAGCUGUUCCUCCGGUUAUUGGACGAAGCGAACCAUAACUACAUAGUGAACCCCAAGGAAGUUAGUGGCGUGCUAUCGCUUUACUUUUGUAUGUAUCCCAUUAAACCGUCGUUACGCCCGCGAUCAUGUUGGUCCGAUUGGGGCCGACAGCAGGACUCUAAGCUCUACAAGGAGAGCAUAGCUAGCGCGCGUGAUUAUCUACCUCGUUGUGGCCUGUUCAUCCACUUUGAGGGAUUGAAUGUAGUUGUCUCCAAGGACCAGCUCGAAUGCCUGUAUAACAUGCUGUUCGAGGGAAUAAUGAAGCAUUUUAGUUGGCAGUCUGGCAUCAUAUACACGUUUGAGCAUGCUAGACCCACUGCCGACGACCAGCGUCGGUACAUGGAGUACUGGCCGCAACAUUUAUUAGGUCAAUCUAGCCAAAGCCCCGAGAUUGGGGAGUUCAUCUCGGAUUUCGAGAUACUGCACUCGAUACAGGCGACUCGCAUACUGAGGAAGAAUGCCUCCGACGCCCUACGCUCACUGAUUCAAAGUUUUGGCGAGCGUACUGGGUUCUGUCCCGAUGCACGUGAGUGUUUGACUGACGUGCUGGUUACCAACAUAUGUGGCCGAUUCGACGACACGGACGUAGACACAGAAAGUGGCGAGGAGCACUCUAGGCUACAGGCAAGGCUAAAACUAGUUGGUGGCAUAUACGAAAUUGCCACUAAACACGCAAAGUCACACGCCUUUCUAGAUUCUUUGCGCAAGAUUUGCUUGAGUCCCAUGACUACGUUCGACUUCAUGCUUGAUCUCAUACUCAUGGAUUCACGCGUUAGUCUGACUUUUGAGGUCGAGCCUAGUGAGCAUGGCGUUUUAGCUGCCAAGGCAUAUGUGUGCUCCUUGCGCGGUCUCCACUUCUUCCUUAGUGAUAUCUACGGCCGUGAUGGAUGCCAGGUCAUGGAGGUAGAGCUCCUGCCGUUUAGCGUUGUCAGCUUCGGGUUUAACCUUGACAGUGACAACGCCGAGCAGCGGCUGCUGAAAGAUUGCGCCUGCAGGCUACUGGAGGGCCCUGCCACGCUGCUGCUGUCAUGUGGCGAGUACGUUGCUCCCAGCGACGCUGAUAACCCAGUGCCCGCCGACUCCCGCAUAUCGGAUGUUAUAUACAAGCCCGUGUUUGACUCUAAUAUAUAUUUCGGGAUAAGCUUUAAUCGCUACUGCACCCCGAGUGACGCUGAUACGCGUGUUUUGUUACACCUGAAUAGUGAUUUGUUCGGGCACCUGAAGGUACUGGAUGAGUACCGGGACUUCCUGCGUAUGCGUAAGCAUAACCAAAGCCAGAACGAUACCGUUAACCCCGUUUUAGUGGGUUCACAGAAGAAGAUAUACCAUCUAUCACAGGACAAGAGUGGCAGUUACACCGAACUCUAUGAACUGAUUGACCUCGGUAUUGAGUACUACCGCAAUUUGCUACAGGGUCCACUGCCAUUUAUGAAUUUGUACCUCUUUGUUGAGGUCAGUCGCCAAGUAUGCUUCUUCCUGGGAUCAAGUGCCUCGGACAGUACACUGCCAUAUGCACUCUGCAUGGACUCGUUUGCCAUUGCCAGUGACGUCAAGCCAAGGUUUGAGGAGCCGCAGGCUGAGGUGCCCUACGACUGCCAUUUGGUUCGCGCCUCUAACAUAUCGCUGCUAUCGGUCAAUUGCGACUAUAGGUUCCUAUCUGACGGCGGCCGCCGAGAGGUGUACCUGGGAACUGGUGGUAUCAAGUUACUGGACUACCUAUCGAUGACCUGUGGUACCAUACGCCGCCGCGGCUGCGACGACCCCGUGAUUGCCCUGAGUUUGUCCAAGUUACAGAAUAACUUUGAGGUGGUCUCACUUGGGCGGGACAAUGAACUGUUCAUCAAGUUCCGGUGGGCUAAUUCCCUGUGUUCGCGUCCUCGGCUGCCGCAGACUGUAAUCACGUUUAACCUGGGUUCUGUAUACAUGUCACUGCGUGAGCUUGAUAUCGGUACUCUGCUGGGUGCCUACAAGUCCUACGUCAAGUUGACUAAUGACUACCACGAGUACAUAUCACGUGUUGGCGGUUAUCGUGUUGGAGAUGAGGUAACCCCGGACGACGACCACGGUGAUGCGGUCAGCUCCACUGGCUACAGCGUACGCUCCCGAAGGUCAAAUGCUGGUUUCACACAUGUCGUUUCCAAGCUGUGGCGUGAUCUCCAGGUGGUUCGCAAGCAGCGCGCGUUAGAGCGAGCUCGAUCAGUGCUAUACGAGCUAAAGCUGGACUAUCUGUUCCUGGAGUUGCGCAAGCCCAUAGUCCUGGAUCUACCUGCAAACCCGGUAUCCAAUCCCUCCGAUGGGAGCUCGUCACCCUCGGAGGAUAUAACCUCCGGAGUCUCCACGGUGUGGCCCUCGGGAUCACCCGUUGGUGGCCCUUCCACUCGCCGUGCUAGUCGCAUUGUAACCGAGGAUGUUGAGAUGGCCCGUAUGGUUAUUCUACCCAGUUCCGAAGCGGGGGUGCUGCCGGUUGACACUUGCCACAAUUUGAGCUAUGGCGACUACUGGACUACUACCGAGGCUGUAAGAGCAAUUUCACGGCGUGCCCCUGUGUCCAACAUCCAGGCUGUCCUAACGUCCUAUGGCAUCACGGCUCCGUUACUCAGUCUCAAGGUAACUGGCGUGGGUUGUAAAGUGUGUUAUAACGACCGCGGUAUCGAGCGUUUGCGUGCAUUUGUAGGAUGCAUUGAGGUGGAAGACCAAAGUAAUGCAGUGCCACUAUAUGUAUCCACUAUGUUAUCCGGGGGUGAUACCACGUUGUUCUGGCGUUGGCUGAAGGUAUCCCGCGAGGUACACCGAGUAAGACAGUGCCUCUAUUCAUACAGCGAGGGGAUGAACCACGUUAUGAACAAUUUGGUCAACCGCCCAAACGCCCAGGAACGUUGCGGCAGGUUAAAUCGUAACAGCACCCUGGUUACUGACUUGCGCCAUGUGGAUUACGAUAGUAUAGUAUUCAGGCACCAGCUGUCACAUGAUUACCACGAGGAACCCUUUUUCCAGUUGGCGCAGCCUAAUAGCCAUAUCGCACGGGCUUACACUCGAGUUGAGCAUUACAUCAGGUCGGUCAUGGACUAUUCACGCGCGGCUGAUAUCACCGUUCAGUCGAUGCACGAGAGCACGCACGUGGGCCAGCCCUGUUUAAUGACUGCCUCGUUAGACUUUGACCAGUGCCAGCGUGGUCGCUGCGUAGUUGCGUUCAGUAAUAUGUUCGCCGGCGUGUGCUGGGAGGUUCUAGACGAGAUUAUCGCCAUGUGUUCACGUAUAUGCGACCGUUGGUGGCAGAUUCCGCCGUGGUUCAAUGCGAGUGCCGCCACUCCAACCCAGGCUCCCAACCUCGAUGCCACGCUAAGCGUGGCACAAUCCAGCGUCUAUGUACUGUGUGACUCCGCCUGGUUUGGGUACCGCAACUUCAUAGACUAUAUGUGGUACAAGGUCCUGAGGGACAGGUUUAACAUUGUGGACAUGGCCAGCGUUUCCAACUCCCGAGCAUGUUCGAUUGCCGAUCCUGGCGACAUGCGCAGCUCGAUGUACGUGGGCACCAACGAGCGCGCAUUCGCGCAGCGCGUGGUGCCCGGGACCGCGACUUCCAUCAGUGAUACUUACACCGGGGCCAUGAAGAUGCUAGUGGACAAGCGGCGCGAGCAUCACUCGCGCUUGGGGUCCCGUGAACAAGUUAGUAUAGUGUCGAACUCAGUUCCAGUGGACCACCAAGGGAAGUUCAACGCGCAUUUGCUAUGGACCUUCCUAGCCUCUGUACUCAGGGAGACCCACCGGAAGGCCUACAUGAUAACACCGAUAUAUAUGCAGAUAACGGGACGUGGUACUAUAUUCAUCAGUGUACGUGCAUCACGCAACGAGCCGGUGGUACACGACUACGUACCAGUGAUGCGCCCUACGGCAACUCACAGGCCUUCCCAUGCACCGCCAAGGAGUAGUAAAAUCUUUGCUGGGUACUCACCCAUGCGGUUCUAUAUGCGCGCUAGCGGUUCUAACAUCUCGGGUGUGUUUUCACGAACGUUUUCUAGUUGGAUGUUGUCUCCAUGUGGGUUUUCACGCGGCCACCGUAGAAGGAGCUUCGGUACCGAUGAGCAUAAGCGCGAGCAGUAUGACUUCAUGAAGUACAUGACCCAGCGCAGCAAGAGUGACUUGAAGCUAUACGGUCUCUUGGAGUCGUCCAAGCACACUCUAUACGAUCUCCAGGAUCCAGUAGACUCCAGGUUCAUCGAGCCGUUCCGCAUGGAGGUUUGCACUAGCCUGCUUGUAACCGGACCCGGUAGCGAUUUACCCCAAUCGCUAUGUUUGACCAUUGAUUUCCAGACGGUUAAAGUGGCACUGUCCUGUAUAGAUGUGCUGUCGCUAUACUCAGUCGUUGGUAUAAUAAACGCCUUGAUGGAGUUGGACCCGAGCAUUGAUUUGACCAACCCCGUAUUGGAGAUGCGGUCACGCGGCUCCUCUAAACGUGAUGAUCAGGGUGAGCAAGCUAUAGCAGAGGCAUCGAGUAAUUCGGAUGGGUUCUACUCGUGUCUACAGAGUUCUGCAGAGUCAGAUUGGGUCAGCGUGGUGUCGUCAAACCAGGGCGUGGAAGACCUGGAGGCGUUACUCCCAGAGCGGAAGUACUCAGUGGCAAAGAAUCAUUUCCGACGCAGCUCGGCCUUGGCGCAAUUAGGGUUCGUGGAGCGCUUGCUUAACGAGUUGAGCAUUGGACUAAGGAUUGGGUUCAACCUGUUGCACAUUGAGGUAUCGAGCAAUGCGGCCAACGAGUUGGCGAAUAUACUUACAGUGACUAUAGAGGACUUUGGAAUGCACCUAUGGGCGAAUGAAGUCGGUAGCACAUCGCCAUUGGGACAUGUCAGGUCACUGAAGAUAUCUGAUGUCCUAGGCCACGAGAGCAGCCACGAGCCCUUAAGCGUGUUGGGGGUAUACACUGACGAUAUUGACACUCGCAUUGCGCUGUGCAUUGCGGGAGCGCACAGCAUGUUGUCGCAGUGCUGCUCCACGGAUACCAAGCACAAAUGCCGCGGUGGUGGUACCAACUCACUCGAGGGCUUACCGUUGGAUACGGCAUCUUUGUUCUCGGGUGACCAGCCUUUAAUCCGGUUUGAAUCACGCUUCUCAGUGACACUUGAUGUAUGCCGCGAUCUACGGCGUGAGAUGUUGGUCGAGCCCUUUGUGGUAUGCCUGCGAGGUUCCAAGCCGGGCCUAGUGACUAAAACUAGUAUCAACAUUAGCACUUCCUGGAUCAAUACCAAUAUCUCCCUAAACGUUGCACAGUGCGUUUUCGGCUUCAUGAAGCAUAUUACCGAGAUGUCAAGAUUAAGGAAAGUGCUAGUGGACGAGAGUGAGAUGGACUACCAGGCUUUGCAGCCAGCUCCGGCAUGCCGCCUGGAUAAGGACGUUACACGCUCGGUGAUACCGCUGAACAUGCUGCGGACAGUACCGGGGUUACAUGUAGUAGCUGAUUACCCAGGUUGCUACGGCCUGCUUAACCGUAACUUGCCCGUAUGGGAGGUGCCGGCGGCGAUUGAGUUCCGGUUGCUCAAUAACCUGUUGCAUUGCAGCAGGUUCCUCGAUGUGCACGCAGCUAUUAUGGCGGCGGUCCACGCACUGGGUCUGCUCAAGUUUGAGGCUGAGCCUGAGCGGAAUGCUAUAUUCGUUGGCGACGACGCAAGCCCGAUGACACAGGGUAAUACCGAUCCCGCGGUUAAUGUGGAGCGGUCCCGAGAGUUGCACUCCGAGCUUGUUAACAGCCUGGGACAGCCGAUAGCGCUUUGCCUCUAUGUGAAUCCAGUAUAUGACCGCAACGACGACCAUGAGUGGCGUAUCAUUGAGGAUGGAGGCCGAUGCGAGUUGCCAGUGGGACACUAUGGCAUCAUUUUACCGUUUGUAGUCAGGAUACAGCUGAACAAUUGCAUAUAUGAAAUACCGUCGUCAAUGCUUAACCUGACCCAGGAAGACGAGAUGAUGUUCCGCCUGGAUGUCUCCAGGGUGUACCAACGUGGUAGGAAUACCAACCGCAUGGGCUUCCUACGAACUAUGCGGAACGAGCACCUGGGCGCUAAGAUGUACAGGUUUGGUGUAGCCAUGCCAUGCGCACGGUUUACGAUAACUGAUUUUGCCUCCGGUACCAAUCGUGAUAGCACAAGAAACUUGCACCGAAGGAGAAGCUUCAAAGGCUGGAGCGCUAACGUCAUAAAGAAGGUGAAAAGCAUAACCCGCGCAGCGCCCAUACCGCUGCACCUAUUUGAGCACGAGGUGUUCAAGUAUGCCUACGUCAUGGUGCGCACCCAGCAGAGGGUCAGCGGCAAGAUGGCUGUUGGCGCCUCGGUGUCGAAUCGUUUCACUAUCCAGCUGUCCUCCACGUUGUGGAUAAGUAACCACUCACACGAGAACCUGGUGAUAUUCCCUUCUAUGAGCGUUGACAAGGAAACUAGGGUCAUCCCAAGUUCGUCCCUGGUAUGGUUAUCAUUAAACGCACCGCUUACAGCUGCGUUCCCGCUAUCGCGCAAAACCGUUGAGUGCAACAGGGCCAUCGAUGUCGUCAAGAGUGUGGGCAACAACUUGUUCAAGCAAUUGACCAAUAUGCAGGAAAACAGGGCUCCCAUGAAGCACCUGACACCAGCACAUGUGAUGGGACCUGGUAAAGUGGAUGACCUGUCGUCUCGUACCCAGGAAUUCAGGCUGCAGCAUAUACUGCUGACGGAGCUAUCUUACAAAAACCAGAGGAUCAGUAUACCACUAGCGUGGACCAUAGAGCCAGAGGCUACCAUAUGCGUAUGCCUACAGCAGGACUUCCCCGUAGACCUUGAUACCCAGGACACCUGCAUACGCAUUACCAAGCAUGACAGACGCGGUUUUGACUUUUUGUCUACCUUGCAACCGUUUUUCAUUGGUGAUGUGCUUCUAUCAAGUAAAUCGGCACACCACCUGUAUCACUCUUUCGAGAUGCCGAGGAUCAAGAUGCCGAUACCAGAUUACGUAGCCAGGGUUAAUGUCGGCCAGCUGGACCCGGAUGAUAUAUUUGCCUGCGACUUGAACACUGGUUUUGUACAGGAUAUCAACAUAACCCGUAAGGCAAGGGAUACCUUCCGUACCCAAUCGAUGUCGUCCGCGGCCAUUGUUAAGUCCCAGUCACAUUCAGUUAACCUCAGCGACGUCGAUCGCGAUAGCAAUGUAGUACAUUCAGGCUCGCUGUCACCAGAUCACAAGCCCUUGGAGCCGUUAUGCUCGAUUGACUUGAAGUCGCCAGACGAAUCUCAGGAAAUACAGUCGAUAUCCAUAGCGUCGAGUUCGGGAAUUGAGCCUCCAGUGUGCCCUGAAAUACCGUUACCACUGAAUGGUGACCUCUUGUUACAGGCAAAUACAGGGUCUGUAAGUACUGACUCUAACCAGGGGGCAUACGUCGUUAGGGCCCAGACCUUCGCUCGGCUGUCGACUAUAACCGAUAAGGAUGCCACACCAGUUACCGGCCUAGUGCUUAAGCGGCGUAUGCGCGUUGAGCAUCCGUCAUCAGCACGUGAUAACGGCCCGCCGGAGAGUGACUCGAAGUCCAAGCUAUCAAUUGAUCUCCCUUUGGUAGAUGAACGAUUCCCAAAGUCAAUCCUGUCUUCAACGCUCAUUGAAGUGACUUCCUCAUCAAGGUCUAGGUUCGGUAUGAAGUCCAGUGGCCGUGCUGGGAUACGGCACUUUGAGAUUGCACUAGAAAGCUGCCAUGUUAUUGAAAACAUGAUGCCUUUCGACGUGCAGAUACUGAGUCCUGCUACGUUCGACUACCUGAAUCGAUGCAGGUCACCCGAGGCAGUGCGCAUAGAAGAUGUGCCGUUAUACCCAAUACUCAUCAAAGCGUGCAGCAGGUCGAGGUUUGCGUGGUACAUGAAGUACGGCAGGUUUGUGUUAAAGGAACUUGUAAGCAGGGAGUUCAACCUCAAGUCACCAACGGACACCAUCGACCAGUCGAACCUAGUAUUCGACGCUAUGCAACCGAAGUUCCAGGAAGCCUACAGCGCAAUCCUGGAUAUACCCACGACGCCAAGGACACCAGCUGCCAGUGGCGCUCCGCCGAGGCGGCUUGUGGUAUCAGUGGAAAUAAGUAAGAAACCCACCGAGCCGUUUAACGAACGCAAUUGCAUGGUCAAGCGCUACCUAGCGAGUACGCAGUACGUAUACACCAUAUUUGUGGAUAAGUGGAUUGUUAACUGGCUGGAUUAUCCAAUAUCGCUAUGUCGUGGUGACGGCAGGUAUAAGCAGACUAUACCCGCGCAAAACUGUUCACUGGUAAGCCAGGAUCUUAGCUCAACCAGCCUCCAACUGGCUAUACGCAAAACUACGUUGCGGCAUAUACCUAACUUCGAGAGCUACCCUAAACGUGCACGGCGCAGGAUAUUCAGCUUCGACCGUUCUAGUGAGACCCAUGUCAUGUCAAAUACGUUCACGCUACCAGAUCUAGCGUUUUCUACAUGUGAUUUCGCGGAUACCACGGAAUGCCCACGUCUUAACUACUUGAUAUCUACAUCGAUGGCGCCUGCACCGUUCUUUAGGACCAGUGUUUUAGAGAUACUACCACAAACCACUGUGACUAACCAGUUUUCACACCCACUGUGGCUCAGGGAGCCUGAUAUCUACGCACCGGGUAACGUGACGCCUACUCCACUGGGAAAUGGAUGGUAUAUAGUUGAGCCUGGAGCCACUGUUGAGUUGCACUCACAGAGCAAGGGAGAGCUGGUCGUGGAGAUCACUGGAAUCGACCCUUCAAGUUAUUCAGAUGAAGGGCAAUUAUCGCAAAAUGUUGCAAGUCCCAACCAGUUUACUAUUUGGUCAUCGGGGAUUAGCUUGAAGCCUAGCAACGUUAUACAAUUCAGGUACCCGGCAUCGGUCAGCACAAGCCCUAACAUGACACAGAUGGUAGAUAAGCCGAAACGCCACAUUUCCGGAGUGGCCAAGAAAAUAAACUAUGGGUUGUGUGAAGCUGAAAUUAGAAUGCACCGGGGCGCUAAAGUAGUCAGAUUCAUGAAACCGUCACUGUCGGAUUGGAUUGUACUGAACACCACUGGGUUGGACCUAUGGGUUGAACAGCAGGGUGUACCAGGUUACGGAGAAGUUGUAACAGCAGUAGGUACUGCUUCAGGUGAGAUUUCAGAGCGCUAUGCCGGAGUUGGGGUACACUUUGCGUGCUAUGACCCUGGGAAGGAACAGAAGCUCAUAUGCAGGUUCCAUGUAGGACCGCGUUCUUUCAAGCAGCUCGUUGGCCAAAUGGGCAAAGGUGCCAGGAGAAAGAACGAUUCCGUGGGCGGAGCAAUACGCGGCGAAAUCCAGGAAAGCCUGAUUAACCCAUUUAAUCUCAAGAAUUCCUUGAACCAAAGGGCUGUACGGGUCAAAGGGUCCCUUAAAGUCAAUCUCAGCCGUGUGGAAUCUAUGCGAUGCAGCGCGGUAUUCCAGUUGCGUUAUGGCAACACGGUGAUAUCAAUGAGGCUCACGGCGCAGACUUGCGUUGCCUUUGGGCAGAAGACGUUGCACUUCACCGCCGCCAGAAUACCAACUCGCGGGUUCCUCAGGUUAAAUCGUAUACACCCGCUGCAGCUGCUACAUAUAUACACAGCUCUUAAAGAUAAGCUCUCGGUGCAGCAUGAUGUGGGAUACAUGGGUUACGCCCCGAGGCGACAGCUGAAACGGCUGGUCACUACCGUGCGUGAUGCCAUACCGACGUUCUGUGGAACUACGGUAUUGGGAUCCCUGAAACCCUCGAACCUGCUCAAGUGUAUCAAACGAAUGAUAAGGGGGUCAGACCGGCUGUUCGAGACCCUGCCGAGACCAUCUACAAGUAAGCCUCAGGGACGCACACGUAAAACUGGGUUGUUCAACUGGGAUUACAUCUUCGAGGUUAACGUCCUGGGACUGGGUCUCGCUAUCUGCGGGCACGUUACAGAGGAGCUGCUGUAUAUAUCCGGGGCAUUGAUUAAAUUCAAGGUAACCCUGGAUAAUGACGAGCACCUGUUUAACCUAUCCAUGGGCUGGAUCCAAUCGGACGUGCACGAUCCUUCAACGUGCUACGCCACUAUGCUUAGGCCACUGGCAAGCUGGCAGUCGCCAGCACGUACCUACGACCUGAAGCAACGUGUACAGGGCAGGGCUUUGCACCUAGGGACCCACGAUGGCGGUAUUGAUUCCCAAUCUGACCGGCAUGUGAUAACCAUUACGUUCAAUACCAGGGGCAAUGAAUACUUCAGUGUACGCGAGAUUACAGACUGCAGGAUUGAAUUGGAGCCACUAAGCCUUAACCUGGAUACGCGCAUAGGGCAGUCGAUAUUGCUGCUGGUAGAUGAAUUCGUGGCAAUAUUCGGGUUCACUAACGUUACAGCGGAGUACUUCACCACGGCUAACGUAGGCAUUUUUGCCCACGUGGACACGUGGCUACGUAACUUUGAUGCCGCUGAAUACCCACUCAAGGAGGUUGCGCAAAGCCAAUUCAGCCAGAGCAUGAGCACGGGGACCCGUUACAACAUCUCGAAUCUACACGUCGGACGCAUAGCCCUGGCGAUAAACAUAAGAAGGUCGGGAUCAAGGUUUUCCUCUGAUUUACAGGCGCAGAACGUGGUAAUACGCCACUUGAUGCAUAUAGUCAGGAGGACGCCGCAUAUUAGCGAUGCCAAUAUAAUCCUCGCCCAGGAGUCACUGCUUGAGUUAUGCUGCACGCCGUACGCGUUGUUAAGUCAUUUCAUAAUCAGGUACAUCACACAGGGCGUGCAGCAGAUAUACAAAGUCCUGGGGGCAGUGGACCUUAUCGGUAACCCGAAGAUAGUAGUACACCACUGGAUCAAUGGUGUAUGCCAGGCGGCGUCUAUAAUGAAGGAGUCGCUGCAGUACCUGCACCUACCACCGGUAGCUGUAUUCCUGUGGUUCAGGUCAGUAUCGCGCAUUGGGGUAUGCGCAGUCUCGGGUAUUGCCGAUGCGCUGUACAGGUUGACUGGAAGUUGGUACCUCAUAUUCAACACACUGGCCUUGAAUUCAGAUCGGUAUGCCGUAUUCCUGAUGCAAGAUACGUUUGGUAAAGGUGUUGACCAGCCGAGCAACGUCAUGGAUGGCGUGGUCUUCGGGGGACGGUCAAUAGGCCGUAACCUAUACGUGAGCGUGGGUAACUUCGCCUUUAAGCCUAUACACCAACUAAUGCGUUUUUGGGGAGCUCUCAAGACUGUUGGCACUGUAAAUGGAGAGGUAAUGCUCUCGGCUGUGCACAUAAUAGGCUCAAUGUUAUCGGCGAUGGCCAGCCUCACGUUCGGGACUGUGUCAAGCUUGCUCAAUGGAGUCUCAAUGCUCUCCCAGGGGCUGCUGCACCAAAUACACUCGGUGCCUAUGCUCUCGGCAAUACGGCCACAACGGUCGAUUAACCUCUUGCAGGUGGCUGGGCCCAUUAGGUACAACUUCCUGGAGUCAUGGUCAAUGUCUGCAACAAGGCAAGUUAGCGGUGUUAACGAGUUGUUGGUACUGCUCCCGCUAGACAUGAAGCUUAAGAUGUUCGAUCCCAUGCAAGCGGCAACGUCACACUGGUCAGCGCUGUCAGCGCAGCUGUCAAUGAUUAGCCCUAUUGCCGUAUGCACGCCGUCGUCAGCACUCACUUCGUAUCUCUGGGUCAACAGGACGCACGUAGGUCUGAUACACCGGCGCAAGGUGCUGUGGACCUGCGAGAGUAAAUGCAUACGUAGUAUCGAAGUUAUACGGGUACCGGCUAUGAAGUACCAGACACCAGGGACUAUGCGCUACGAUGAUUCGAUCGAAGUUGAAACUACAUUCAAGGCAGCACGCAAACACUUCUCACGAGAUAGUUACUACAUACGUAUUAUACACGUUACAUCGGAUUCUACUAACCCGCCAAGAUUUAUCCGCGGGUCUAUACCAAUGGCACUGUUCAAGAGACUAACCGAGGAGGAUACAUUCCCGUCGAACGAACGUGGACUGAUGAGGUUGCAGGGUGCUGCUGCACUGCAAAGCCAGGGUAGCGCCUUCACCAAGAACGUUACACCACGUGGACGCCGGGAAACACUAGUUAAUCGCUACUAUCGCACAUACCUCAGUGCUGAUCUGGCGGGUAUAACAAUUGACAAGUACGAGCGACAUAUAGACGAAAUGCCGGCACAAGGUACUAUUAUAAAGUCGCCACUAAUAACACCCAAGCCCGAAUCGGCACGUAAGGAUGGUUUCAAAACCAUGGUAUGCUCAAGUAUGGAGUCUACCGCUGCAAACAAAUCCAUCACACAACAUGAAGGAAGUAAUUCAGGCAUGUUUGCAGAAGUGGUUAGACUACCAAACUUGGAACGCGCGCAACUGUACUUCACGCUACUCAUUUCAGUGUUGCGCGAAUCAGCUCUUUGAGCUUGUACUUUAUUUGAAUAUAGCUAGCAUAUUA